UGUUAUGAUUGCCACCAUUAUACUCCUCAUGAUUGACAGCCAUGAUUCCUUCUUUAACGCACCCUAUAAAAGCAAGAGUUAAGCAUGAACAAAUCACAGACCAAUUAAGAGAACCUGCACAACUCUAGCUAGCAAUGUUGAGGAGAGGAUCUCUGACCAUUUCCAUGCUAUCAAAUUCUACCAUGUUGGUGGGUUGGUGCCGGCCACGCCGACGGCUUAGACGGCGGAAGGGUAGUACCAUUCGGUUAGGAAAUAAGAGGCGAGGGCUGUGCCUAGGAUCCAGGCCAGUGGUGCAAUGGGGGGUGAUGAUGGGUCCUCUUAGGAUGCUGAAGAAGAUCAUCAUGGAUAUGGCACCAAAUGGACUGUUAAUAGAGGCUUAUUAUAGGUCUUUAACACCCUUUUUACGUCCACAGCUAUUUCCCCUAUGUUGAUUCGUUGCAGAAUUUCCUUUUGAGUGGGGUUUGUUCUUCUCUUGAUUUAUUUUCUUUUCUUGUAAAGUUCUGUAAUUAGGGGUUGAGCAACCCCUUCUGAUAACAGGCAAAUCGUAUAUCGAAUAUCAAGUGGUUGAUAAAAAAACAGAACCAAAUAUUGUAUAAAAUGAAAGAGGGUUCUUUUCCCAGCCUGUUUCUAAUAACUGCAUUUAAACAAAUACAAAAGGUCCUUCCAGAGUACAUGACCAUCCAUCAUUUGGAUAGCUUUUUGCAGUGUCGAAUUGCCUAGUUUCCUUAAUGUAAACCAUCCCAUGCAAUUCAAUUGAUCAGCAGAAUGCACAAAGAAGCCUUUGCAUGAACCGUCACUGCAAAAGGCAACCUUUCUUUUCAGUAGUUGAAGGGCACUUACCCUCCUUACUCUUGAGUAGAUUGGUGAAUUUAGGAGAGG